AUGAAUUCAUUGACAAAAACCUCAAACAGUAAUUUAAAUGAAGUAGAUGCAUCUCAAACAAAUGAACAGCAUAUUUUUAUAAUUCAAGAGUUUUUAAAAAACUUUUGUCUAUAUGAAAUAGUCUUUGUGGUUCAUUUAAACAGUAUUUAUUCAAAAUAUGAUGCUGAGCGUGUCGAACGCAUUGCAUCACAGUUGAAAUUAACAUUUGGAACUGAUCAUAAUAUUAAUCAUGUCCGUACGCUGCUCGAUUUUUUUUCGAGUCAGACACGACAACUACAAGCAUGUGGUUAUAUUAAUAUCGAUCAACAUUUAUUAACUGAUGCAGCUGCUCAUCAUAUGGAACCAUUUAUAGUAAUAUAUCCAACAUGCAGUCAAUAUUUAAGUACAAAAGAGUGUAACAGAACAAUGGUUUACAUUUGUCAUCAAGGUGGAAAAGUACUGCCAGUCCUUUAUAUGAUUUUUCAAGGUAUCGCUUAUUCAUUAACAUGCAAACAUAAGAGCAGUAACAAUCGAAAGAAUACGAAACCAUUGGUGAUUUAUCCCAAUUUUAUUGAACAAGGUGAUACUAAAAGGAUUAGUACAAAAAGUUUGUAUCAUGGUGAUUUUGUUUACAUUGGCAGAAGAUAUACUUAUAAACGGGCUCUAAUUGAACAAUACACUGCUGAUUUAAUAACUAAUGCCGAUUCGUGGUUAAAAACUGUUGAUAGUUUAAAUCGGCAAGCAUUUAACAGUGAACAACAUCAAGAAUAUGUUAUAGACAGACGAACAUUAGCAUGUACAAUGUAUAUUUACAAUAUUGUUCAGUUGGAUUUGUUUGUAGGUACUCCAUAUGUUGAUUUGCUAAAGUCUUUAGACCUUUUUGAUGACAGGGCGUGGAAUAAUUAUCCUCGUCUUCUAGCUUCUUUUAUUUAUUUUUGGUCUCGACACAAAGAAACUAUUGGUUUGUGCAAUCGAGACAAGUGUUCGGAAGCAAUAGUGGUUGAUGGUCAUCAGAAAUGUCGACGACGUGUGUGCAAAGUAAAAGAUAUUCAAGUAAAGACAGAUUUAUUUGAUAAAAUGGUUGUUGGUUGUUGCCGUACUCCAGUUCGUUACUCAAAAUAUUGUUCUCUUCAUAUUGAUAAUCAAUUAGAAAUUGAAAAGUCUAUCAAUAUAACGAAUAGACGAAAAUUAGUGAUAUCUUCACGUUUUUGUCGACUCAACAAAAACCAAAAACGAAAGGAAAGAGGCUUUGGUGCCACCACUUGCCGUACUAGUAAAGCCAAAGCUGAUUCUUAUAUACGGAAAUGUAGUCGAAGUUUUAGUGUGAUAGCAGCUGUAACCAACUGUGGAGUUGUGACUACGUGUGGUGAAAUCUUUAGCACAGAAACAUUGAAAGAAAUUCUGUUGCUGUUAACAAAUAGUAUAAAGAUUUCAGGAGUAGUACCUAAAACAGCAGUAUAA